CACCGAAUCGUCAGCCGCAUCCGAGGCAGAGAUAUCACUCUCACUAAUCGUGGCCACGUGAUCAGUAAGGUGAACUUCGAGCAUUAUGCAUUCACUUUCACUUACGUUACUCUUCUAAUUAGGCUGCUCACUUUCUGAUAAUAUUCUAAGAUUAACUUGGGAUUAACUGGAGUCGCAAUCAGAAAGAGGAGAGAUUCUGCCACACCUUACAGAGCGAGCACAUGGCUUCGCGCCCAGCGCGCAGCAGCACGCUGAUGCGCCACAGCCUCAUCCUCGCCCUCGCGGGGCUGCUUGUGGUUUCGCACAUCAGCGCGCUCUCCAUGGCGCAAGCGGACGAAGAGGCGGGGGGGAGCGCGGCGGAGAAGCAGGCGGAGGCUGCGGGGAGCAUCACUGCGCAGGGGCCGAUAGGACACCACCCGGCGGACGCGGCGAGGGACGCGGCGGAGCAGGUGGCGAAGCGGCAGCCGCGGCGGGCGUCGCCCGACCUCGGCCGCCUGGCGCUUUUCGCGGAUCCUCUGCCCAUCCCGCCGGUCGUCGACGCCGCUUCGCUGCCGCGUCGAGACGGGCAGUCGCCAAAGGUCACGAUCGGCGUGUACAACGUGAAACGGAAGUUCCACCGCGAUCUGCCGCCCACCAAGGUGUACGCGUUCGGGCUGUCGCGCAAGACGGCGAGCGUGCCGGGCCCCACGAUCGUGGCGGCGUGGCGGGAGGAGUUACGGGUGGAGUGGGCCAACAACAUCACGGACAAGCAGCACAUGCUGCCGGUGGACCGCACGCUCAUGGUUCCCCAACUCAAGCUCGGCGGUGUCCCCAUCGCCGUCCACGUGCACGGCGCGCAGGUGUCGAGCAAAUCCGACGGUCAUCCUUUCGCGUGGUGGACGAACCAGGGAGAGCGCGGCCCAACGUUCGCGUCGAACACGUACACGUACCCGAACGGGCACGCGGCGAGCACGCUGUGGUACCACGACCACACGAGCGGCAUGACGCGCCUCAACGUGCUCGCGGGCAUGUUCGGCGCGUACAUUAUCCGCCACCCCGCGCUCGAGCAAAAGUUCAACCUGCCCGCGGGCAGGUUCGACGUGCCGCUGGUGAUUCAGGACCGCUCGUUCAUGAAGAACGGAUGGACGUUCCUGGCGAGCCAAGGCGUGUCGAAGGUGCAUCCGCACUGGAUGCCGGAGCACUUCGGCGACUUCAUGACCGUCAACGGCAAGGUGACGCCCUACCUGCGCGUCGAGCGCCGCAAGUACCGCUUCCGCAUAGUCAACGGCGGCACCGCGCGCUUCCUCGAGCUCGUCUUCCGCGCGGCUUCCGCCAACACCGACCUCACCCUGCGCAACGCGCUCUCCGCCUCCCCGCAACUCCCCUUCGUGCAAAUCGCCGCGGACGGCGGCUACCUCCCCGCGCCCGUUCCGCUCCGCCGCUCCGUGCUGGGCCCCGGGGAGCGCGCGGACAUCGUUGUGGACUUCUCCAAGCUCCCCGCGGGCAGCACGGUCUACCUCACCAACCGCGCGCCCGCGCCUUACCCCGGAGGCGCCGUCCCCCAAGGCGACCUGCGAUUCGUGAUGCGGUUCGACGUCGUGGGCGCGCAGGCAGCCGACCCGACGCGCGUGCCAGCGAAGCUUAUCAGCAUCCCCGCCGUCGAUGUUACCAAGGCCGCUAACUACAACAACCCGCGAAUCAUCAGCCUUACGGAGGUGGAGGACCCAGCAUCGGGUAACCCGGAGUCGGGACUCAUGGAAGGCGCGCAUUUCACGGCGCCCGUGACGAUUAAGCCUAAGUUCGGCACCGUCGAGCUAUGGUACAUAGUAAAUCUGUCGGAGGACACGCACCCCAUCCACAUCCACUUCGCGCCGCACCACAUUCUCUUCCGCCGCCGCCUCAACACCACGCUCGUCGAGGCCAAGAAGUGCAGCAUGGCGGGCGGAAGCUGCUUCGCGGGGCGCGCGGUGGCUCCGCACCGGACCGAGCGCGGGCGAAAGGACACGAGCAAGGCGCCGCCCGGGUGGGUGACGGCGGUGGCGGUGGAUUUCCGCGCGUGGCAGGGCAAGGCGCUGUCGUUCGACCCGCGCGAGGGGCCGGGGUACGUGCUGCACUGCCACAUCCUGGACCACGAGGACAAUGACAUGAUGCGCCCCUUCGUGCUCGUGUGACGCCAAUAGGGUGAAUUUCGGCCCUCUACCCGUUAUUACUAGCCGCCGCGAAGAUAUACCAAGUAGUUAUGUGACACAUAGAUACACAAGGUAGGCAUCAUCCCUCAUCAAUGUAAAACCACUC